AUGUUAAUGUUAAUAGGCACGGAAAAAGAAGUGGAGGUGGAAAUAUUGAUCGACGAGGAGUACGUAUCGCUGAAGUGCAUACAGGGAGUGAGUCUCGACGGAGUCUCGCUGCCGCAAUUCGACUGCGAGCGCAACGUUGAGCGCGCCCACUUUCUGGGUUGCGCGCCACCACUGGAAGGGUACGCGGCGAUAUUGCACAAGCUCAACGUCACACCGAGGAUCAACCUAACGCUGGCUGACCUGCCCGUGACCAACCUGUCACGGGCGCACUUCACAAAUCUGCCGCAACUGCGCGCAUUGCAGGUGCGCCACACGCAUGGCUACACGGAACCGAAGGUUCACGUUGACUCAGAUUUCUUGUCCCCGUUCGACAAAUCACUUCGCGUUUUGAAGCUGCUGGGAGUAGCGCUAACGCUAGACACGCUGCUAGCGUUGCCGCAGCAACUUGAGGAGCUGGAGAUCAUAGACGCUACGCUGAAGUGUGAGGACGGCUGCGCAGCUGCAUUCCAACGCCUUCAACGGCUACAGACGUUACGCCUCACCGACAUGCAGCUGCACGCCACACCGACACUAUCCGCUGCCACUGCGCUGCGCCGGGCCUACGUCACAGCGCCGCUCCGUCAGUCGCUGCUCUCCAAAAAAUCCACCAUGGAGAAUGUUACGUUUUUUAAUGCUGAGAAUGUCUCCGUGGACGGAUGCGGUGCGGUACGGCGCCUAUGGUUGUACACUGCCACGGUGGAGGAGCUGCCACGCGACUGGCUGCGCGAUUGUACCGCACUGCAGGUUCUGCAGGUAACGCAGCUGCGGCAAUUACACAACAUCGCGACCGAUGCACUGCGGGGCGCAACCGCCCUCCUUCGCUUCGAAUUGACUGGAUGCCCCGCGCUGCUCCACCUGCCCGCACAACUGUUCUCUGAAAACUUUAACCUCUACAUAGUCAACCUCUCGAAUAACGGCCUUAUAGAACUUCCGGCUGAUUUAUUCGGCGACGUCGAUUAUCGUUCGAGAAAUUUACACAUUCUUGUUCUAAAGGGCAAUCGCUUGAAGGUGCUGCCCGAACACAUGUUUGCCGCAGUACCACGCUUGCAGCGACUUGACCUCUCGCACAAUAACCUUGUCGCGCUGUCCAGUGGUGUGUUCAAGGGCACACGAUUAUCGGUGUUGAACGUGUCGUAUAAUUCGCUGGCGCAUGGUACGGCGCUGGUCGCACUGCAAGCGUUACACGAGUCACUUCACAUGCUCUCACUCGCCUUCAACCCCCUCGGAGACCUGUGUCCGCGCUCUCUCUCCGAGCGACAAUCGUACGCGCGGUCCGUACUGUGGGAGCUACAAGGCCUGAGCGUUCUGCAGCUGAAUGGUACAAACGCGACGCGGUUAUGCGAUGACUGGCGUCAUGGAAUGCCCGCGCUGCGUGUGCUACAUUUUGCUGAUAACAACGUCACCGAGCUGCUGCUGGAUGAUCUUAAGUGGCUGCAACACAACGUUACCAUCGACCUAUCCGGCAACCCGAUCGAGACCAUCGUGCUGUACCCCUCCGAACUUCAAACCCUCGAGCGUCGUUUGGAGCCACCCGAGGUCAAAAUAAUAGUGGACUCGGUGCUGUCAUGCAACUGUUCUAUGUACUGGUUCGAGAAGGCUCGGCGCGCGUCUCGCCUGCCCGCUAAGUUCUCUCAGCUCCGCUGCGCCGCGCCCGAGCCGACGGACCUCGACGCGCUGCGACUCGACGACUGGGUGCGUAGCGAGUCUCGCUUCUCAUCGUCCGACUCGUCUUCGGGCCACGCCGCCACCGCGUGUACGAACGGUCGUCCGUUGCAGGAGUGCAGUCUGACUACGAUCUCGGACUGCCCGACGGGCUGCGACUGCGGCUGGCGGCCCGCGACUAACACUACGCUAGUGCGCUGCGUCGCCGCCGGUCUCUCCGCACCGCCCGCUUUGCGCGGCGUGCUGCUCGAGGCCGAGCACCUGCACCUCGACCUCUCCGGCAAUCUGCUCGCCGCGCUGCCGGCACUCGACACGCUGCCGACCAUUCUGGAC